UGGUUUAUACUGGUUUAUACUGGUUUUCACUGGUUUCCCCUCAGCUUCCUGCCCAAUCACGAGGCGGCGCUGGAGCCCCACCCCCAGAAGGUUUUCUGCGGAAUCUUCUCGGAAUGCGGCCGGAAAUUCCUGACGGCCUCGCAGGACCACACCCUGCGGCUGUUCGAGGUGUCGGGGGAGGGGCUGCGGCUCCUCCGGGCCAGCAGGGGGCGCCAGGUGGGCUGGAGCAUCCUGGACGUGGCCUUCAGCCCCGACGGGCGCCAGGCGCUCUACUGCUCCUGGGCCUCGGCCGUUCACGUCUUUGAUCUCGACGGCGACGGCGACGCCCACACGGCCCUGGAGCUCAGACCGGAAGAACGCCGCUUCGCCGUCUUCUCAUUGGCCGUGGGGCCGGAUGGGCGGGACGUGGUGGGCGGGGCCAACGACGGCUGCCUCUACGUCUACGACCGGCAGGCGCAGGAGCGCGUCCUGAGGGUCCCCGCCCACGAGGACGACGUCAACGCGGUGGCCGUGGCCGACGCCUCGGGCCAGCUGCUGCUAUCGGGCGGCGACGACGCCGUGGCGCGGGCCUGGGACCGGCGCUGCCUCCCCGAGGGGCCGGCGGUCACUCUGGCCGGACACCGCGACGGGCUGACCUUCCUCCACGCCAGGGGGGACGGGCGUUACGUGGUCUCCAACUCCAAGGACCAGUCGGCCAAGCUCUGGGACCUGCGGCGCCCCUCGGGCGCGGCGGCGCUGGCGGCGGCGCGGAGAGCGGUGGCGCGGCAGAGCUGGGACUACCGGUGGCAGAGAGCGCCCCGGAACGCCCGCCGGGCCACGCCCCUUCCGGGCGACGCCUCCCUGCUGACGUUCCGUGGUCACGUGGUUCUGCACACGCUCCUGCGCUGCCGCCUGGCCCCGCCCGGAUUCGCCCCCGCCCUGGCGGCCGGCAGCGCCGAGGGAGCCGUGCUGGGUAAACUGGUUUAUACUGGUUUAUACUGGGAG